GGAGCUGUCGCCGGACCCCUUCCAGCCGCCCUCGGCACGGCGAGGAGGGGUCUCUGCGCCCCGGCUCCCCCCCAGCUGCUCCCCGGCUUGGCCUCCCGGCCCGUCACCGCGCCGCCGAGCCGGUGCCCCCACCACCUCUUUUUCCAGCCCCACCACAGAAGUCCCCUUGCCCAUGGGCGAGUUCCUCAGCUGGGUCAGCGAGUCGUGGAGGGCGGCAGCUCCUCGGCCGUGCCGGCCAGCCCAGACGCCCCAUGCUGCGGACAACGCCGGUGUCCCCGGGGGGAGCGCGGAUGGGACGUCGCCGGACAGGGACAUGGAGAGCGGGCGGAGGCCGGCGGUGCAGGAGCAGCUGCAGGCGCUGCGGCAGUGGCUGGACGCCCUGGAGAAGAGGUUGCCAGUCCCGCCGGAGCCCGGCGCUGCCCCCCAGGUGUCCCUGCGGGCUGUCCCCGUCCCCGAGGAGGCGGCGUCGGGGAGCACGGAGCGAGGCCAGGACACGCUGGAGAGCCUGCUGGCCUGGGUGGCCGACAUGGAGGAGCUGGUGGGCAACCAGAAGCCGCCCUCGGGGGAGGCGAAGGUGGCCAAGGCACAGCUGGAGGAGCAGAAGCUCCUGAAGCGGCUGCUGGAGGAGCGGAGGCCGCGGGUGGAGCUGGUCCUGCAGGAGCGACCCGAGUCCCCGGUGCCGGGCUGCGGCCCCCUCCCCAGCCUCGGGGAGAAGUGGGGGCGGCUGGUGCAGGAGGCUGAAGCCAGGUACGGCCGCCUGGAGCGCAUCCUGCCGGCGGCGCAGGGCUUCCAGGAGGCGGUGGACUCCUUCCAGGAGUGGCUGGGAGCCACCGAGCGGCAGCUGGCCCAGCUGUGGCACGCCAACGGCUGCGUCGCCCACCUGCAGGACGCCCACCGGCAAACCCAGGCCCUGUGCGAGGAGAUCCGCGGGCGGCUGGGAGAGCUGGACGUCACCCUGGAGAGCGGGCAGCGGGUGCUGGAGAUGGUGACAGGGGAGGAGGCCCAGCUGGCGCAGGAGAAGAUGGAGUCCCUGCGGAUGCGGUACCUGAUCGUGGGGCAGAGCAGCGCCGACACCAUGCACCGGCUGGGACAGACCCUGGAGGCCUCCUCCCGCCUGGGCACGGGCCAGGAGGACCUGGCGCUGUGGCUGGGACGCAUGGAGAAGGAGCUGGCCUCCUGGGACAGCCAGCCCGGCCACCAGGAGCCCCCCGUCAGCGACAGCGACAGGGAGAAGUUCGAGCAGAUCCUGGACUCCCAACUUGCCCACUUGGCCGGGCUGGGCCAGCGGCUGGAGGAGAUCGGCCACGUGCAGCUGGACGCCCAGGCCCUGUGCUCCCAGCUCUCCGACCAGAAGCUCCUCUCAGCCGAGAUCCUGCACCACCGGGGGCUGGCUGAGCGGCUGCUGGGGGUCUCCGACCCCCUGCUCCUCUCCUGCCCCGAGCCCCUGCGCCUGCGCCUCCAGCCCUCGGUGCAGGCGCUGCGGGAGCGCACGGAGCAGCUCUUCCUGCGCAGCGGGGCCUGCGCCGUCCAGCUGGAGCACGCCCAGUCCCUGCUGGCCCAGUUCGCCGAGGCCCUCCAGGAGCUCUCGCCCUGGCUGGAGGAGACCCAGCUCCUCGGGGAGCAGCUUUCCCCCGAGGCCAUCAGCUACGAGGCCUUCAAGGAGCAACAGGCGCUGCUGCAGUGCCUGCGGGAGGCCAUCGCUGAGCACCGGCCGCUGAUGGGGAAGCUGCAGCGCGUCUCGGCACAGCUGGAGGAGCUGAGCCCGGAGCAGGGCGCCCCGUUCCGGCAGCGCUGGCGGGAGGCGGAGGAGCGGUACGGCCGCGUGCGCCAGCGCCUGCGGCAGGCGGCGGCUCUGCUGGAGGAUGCUCUGCCGAGAUACAGCCAGCUGACGGAGCGCAUGGAGCUGCUGCGGGAGUGCCUGGAGCGGCUGCAGAGCCGGGUGCAGGGCCAGCCCGCCCUGCGGGGGGACGCGGCCCACCUGCGGGAGCAGAUCCGGGAGAACGGGCUGGCCCUGGGCGAGCUGGAGAAGCUGGGGGUGGCCCUGGAGACGGUGCGGGCGCAGGGCAGCGAGCUGCUGGCCAGCAUGCAGGAGGCCAACUCCCACGCCGCCGCCAGAGGGAUCCAGGAGGGGACGGCGGAGCUGGUGUCCCGCUGGGGCGAGCUGCGCGGGCGCUGCCAGGAGCAGGAGCGGUGGCUGCGGGAGCUGCUGGCCCUGGCCGACCGCUUCUGGCCCGGCCUGGCCGAGCUGGCCCUGACCCUCAGCGACACCCAGCAGCUGGUCCUGGGGCUGGAGGAGGCCGGCGGGGACCCCGAGGCCAUCCGCGCCCGGCUCCGCACCAUGCAGGCGCUGCGGGAGGAGAUCGACGCGCUGCAGGGCGAGCUGGACACGCUGGGCAGCCUGGGCGUGGAGCUCAUGUCCUCCUGCGGGGACCCCGACAAGCCUGAUGUCACCAAGAGCCUGGACGAUCUCUACUGCUCCUGGCACAGCCUGAACAAGGUGUGGACGGAGCGGUACGGCCGCCUCCAGGAGCAGCUCCAGGCCGCCCUCAGCUACCAGGAGACCAUGCAGCGGGUGUUCGAGUGGCUGGACACGGCCGAGCUGCGCAUGGCGGAGGAGUUCCUGGUCGGCGGGGACCUGGACAUGGUGCAGCAGCAGCUGGCGGAGCUGAAGGAGUUCAAGAGGGAGCUCUACCAGUGCAAGGUGGACGUGGAGAGCCUGCGGCACCAGGGCAGCCCAGGGGGUGCGGGGCAGGGGGACCCCCCGGCCCCCCUCAGCGACUUCCGCCAGCGCUGGGACCGGCUGGAGGAGGAGAUUGUUGGCCGCCAGCACCAGCUGGAGGCGGCGCUGCUGGGGCUGGGGCAGUUCCACCACCAGCUGGAGGAGCUGCUGCAGUGGCUGCGCCGCGCCGCCGAGCAGCUGCAGGGCCCCGCCAUGCUGCGCCCCGACCUGCAGAGCUGCGAGAUCGAGCUGGCCAAGCACAAGGUGCUGCGUAACGACGUGAUGUCCCACGCACACACGGUGCAGUCAGUGACGGAGGCCGGGCAGGGUUUGCUGCUCUCCAGCCUGGGGGGGGAGAGCGUGGAGGGGCUGCAGCGCAGCCUCCAGCAGCUGGGCCAGCGCUGGGACUUGGUGCGCAGCGAGACCGAGAGCCGCCAGCUGGAGCUGGAGAACAACCUCAGCCAGGUGCAGGACAUCACGCUGGAGAUGACGGAGCUGCUGCAGUGGCUGGAGCAGGUGGAGCUGCAGCUCUUCUUCUCCAAGCCGGCCUGGGGCCAUCCUGACACCACCAAAGAGACGCUGGCCGCCCACCUGGAGCUGUGCAAGGAGCUGGAGUCCAAGCAGGAGGCGUACAGCGGGCUGCGGGAGCGGCUGCAGCGGCUACUUGCCUCCUGCCGCGCCGGCCGGCCCUGCAGCACCGAGCACAGCCUCCGCAUGCUGGAGCAGAAGUGGGAGAGCGUCCACGCCGAGGCCCAGGAGAAGAAGGAGCUCCUGGCCGAGGGGCUGACGGUGACCACCGAGUUCCACGGCACCGUGCAGGAGCUGCUGCGCUGGGUGGCUGAGGCCGAGGAGCUGCUGGGCUCCCCCGCGCCCCCCAGCUUCGUCCUGGACACCGUCACCGCACAGAUCCAGGAGCACAAGGCCCUGGUGAAGGAGGCGAAUGCCCGCGGGGAGAAGCUGGCCGGGCUGGAGGCGGUGGCGUCGCGGCUGCAGGACUUCAGCAGGAAGCAGGACGGGGCCGUCAUCCAGAGCCUGGUGCUGGCGGCGCGGGAGCGGCUGGGCAGGGUGCUGCGCAGGGCGGCCGAGCGCGGGGCCGCGCUGGAGGAGGCCCGCAAGCGCAGCAAGCAGUUCAGCGAGUCCCGGCGGCUGCUCCUGGACUGGAUGGACGAGGUGGAGCAGAGCCUGGAGGUGCCACAGGACACUGCCACCAGCCAGGAGGAGAUCAAGUGCCAGCUGGCUGAGCACAAGGCUUUCCAGAAGGUGCUGCGGUCCAAGCGGCCGGUGUACGAGGCCACGCUGCGGAGCGGGCGGGCGCUGCGGGAGAGAGCCCGGCUCCCCGAGGACCUGCAGCCGCUGGAGGAGCUGCUGGGGGAGCUGAAGGAGCGCUGGGACGGGCUGUGCGGCCGGGCUGCGGAGAGGCAGCACAAGCUGGAGGAGAACCUGCUCUUCUCGGGCAAGUUCACGGACGCGCUGCAGGCCCUCAUGGACUGGCUGUACCGGGCUGAGCCACAGCUCAGCGAGGACGUGCCCGUCGGAGGGGACCGGGACCUGGUCAGUGACCUCAUGGACAAGCACAAGGUGUUCCAGAAGGAGCUGGGCAAGCGGGCCAGCUGCAUCAAGAUGCUGAAGCGCUCGGUGCGGGACCUGACGCGCGGCAGCAGCAGCGUGGACUCCCAGUGGCUGCAGAAGCAGAUGGAGGAGCUGAGCGCCCGCUGGGACCUGGUCUGCAAGCUCUCCCUCUCCAAGCAGGCCCGGCUGGAGGACGCGCUGCGGCAGGCGGAGGAGUUCCACAGCCUGGUGCACUCCUUCCUGGGCCGCCUCUCCGAGUCUGAGAAAGCCCUCAAGUACGGCGGCUUCCCCGAGGAGGAGCCGGCCGUGCAGGAGUGCCAGGACCAGCUGCAGGAGCUGAUGAAGUCCCUGCAGUGCCAGCAGCUGGAGCUGGAGUGCAUCACCUCACUGGGGGAGGAGAUCCUCGCCACCUGCCACCCCGACUCCAUCGUCACCAUCAAGUCCUGGGUCACGGUCGUCAAGAGCCGCUUCCAGGAGGUGAGCAGGGAGCUGAUGAAGUCCCUGCAGUGCCAGCAGCUGGAGCUGGAGUGCAUCACCUCACUGGGGGAGGAGAUCCUCGCCACCUGCCACCCCGACUCCAUCGUCACCAUCAAGUCCUGGGUCACGGUCGUCAAGAGCCGCUUCCAGGAGGUGCUGAGCUGGGCGCAGCAGCAGGGCGAGCGGCUGCGGGCGCAGCGGGCCAGCCUGGCCGCCGAGCGGGAGGAGGUGGCCCAGCUGAUGGACUGGAUCACGGCCGCCGAGGAGGCGCUGAGCCUGCGGGACCAGGAGCCGCUGCCGGAGGAGGCCGAGCAGCUGGAGGAGCUCAGCGCCCAGCACACGGUCUUCAUGGAGGAGCUGAACCGCAAGCAGCCCGAUGUGGAGAAGGUCACCAAAAGCAGCAAGCAGAAGCUGGCCACAGAGCUGGGCCCCCCCGUUGCCCGCCGGCUAGCCACACGGCGCCGCAGCAGCGGGAAGGUGCAGGGUGGGCCGGCGGCCCCGCUCGGGGGGCUGGAGCCACAGACCCCCCUCAUGGCCCAGCUCCUGCACCGCUGGCAGCAGCUCUGGCUGCUGGCCCUGGACCGGCAGUACCGGCUGGAGACGGCCACGCAGCGCCUGCGGGAGCUGGAGGAGUUUGCUCACUUCGACUUCGGGGUCUGGAGGAAGCGGUACGUGCAGUGGAUCGGCCAGAUGAAGUCCCGUGUCCUGGACGUUUUCCGAGGCAUCGACAGGGACCAGGACGGGCGCAUCAGCCAGCGGGAGUUCAUCGAGAGCGUCCUCUCCUCCAAGUUCCCCACCAAUGUCCUGGAGAUGAACGCGGUGGCCAGCAUCUUCGACAUGAACGGUGACGGCUUCAUUGACUACUACGAGUUCGUCAGCGCCCUGCACCCCAACCGCGACCCCCUGCGCCGCAUCGCCGACGCCGACCAGAUCCAGGAUGAGGUGAACAGGCAAGUGGCCCAGUGCAACUGUGCCAAGCGCUUCCAGGUGGAGCAGAUCAGCGCCAACCGGUACCGGUUCGGGGAGUCCCAGCAGCUGCGGAUGGUGCGGAUCCUGCGCAGCACCCUGAUGGUGCGGGUGGGAGGGGGCUGGAUCGCGCUGGACGAGUUCCUGGUGAAGAACGACCCCUGCAGAGUGAAGGGAAGGACCAAUCUGAAGAUCAACGAGAAGUACCUGUCCCCCGACGCCUUUGGGGCCACCGCUGCCAAGUGCCCGGGCAACCAGUCGGCCCCCUCCUCCAAAGUGCUGUCCCCCAGCCGCUCCAACUCCAGCCUCAGCCUCUACAGCAGCGCCUCCGCCCCCUCCAGCCCCCUGGCCAGGAAGUCGGUGCUGCGGAGGACGCGCUCCGGUGACCGGUGUCCCCGCUCCCGUGGCUCCCUGCUGCCCGACGGGGCCGAGCUGCAGUUCACCGCUGCCGAGGAGAGCCCGGCCGUGGCACCCCCAGAGCCACCCGAAGGGUCCCCCCCGGAGCGCUGCAGCCCCUGCCGCUGACCCCCGAGUCCAGCCACCCACCCUGCACCCAGCCCCACUCAGGACUCUCCUCCCCGAGGCCGGAGGAUGGUGAAGCCGCAGCCCCACGGUCCUGCGGACCCCUCCCGAGCGGGCGCCCCCCGGCAAGGGCUGAGCUCUCUGUCUGUCACCCAUCCCACCGGGCCCAGACCCGGCGUAUAUGCAAGUAUCCCCCCCCCCAACACACACCAAACACCCCCCCCCGGGCUCUGGCUGGCACAGCCCCC